AUGGCUCCCAACCCAUUCUUGGACUUAGAAGCGAAUGUCGAUCACGGAGAUUCAGAGGAUGGUUCAGCCGAAUCUGACGAAUUUGAAUGCUUCAUCGACGACGGAACUCAAUCCCAUGAAGAUUGUGACGGUUCAUCAUCUGUGGCAAUGGACAAACCCAUUCCUGUUACAAAGAGAGACCGACUGGCCCUCGUAAUUCAACAAAUUGAAGAGAGAACACGUGGUAGAUCUCACUCACUGCCCGCCUCUGAUAUGUACCGGGGUGUGGAACCAUUGUAUUCAAACGCUGACAAUCCUACUGUUUUGUCACCGCACGGAAACACUGAUUCGGGCUUCGAAAAUCUGCCCACGGACUAUCCUACAUGGAGGAUUGGAUGUAAAGUCGGAUACGAAGAAAUCGCGGUCGCUUCUUUACUCAAAAACUCGCGCCGAGAACAUCAUAUUCGGUCCGCGUUUUCACGCAGUUCUGUACAUGGAUACAUAUACUUGGAAUGUUUGAUGGAUCAGCCUAUGAUUGACCUUAUCAAAAGAUCGCCCGGCAUCAUCGUAAAAACUACGGACGUGCUCCUGAGUCCGAUCGAUAAGAAUGAGGCUCAGCAACUGUUGUACAUGGGAGGGGACAUUACGAACCUAUCGGUCGGAAAAUGGCUCAAGGUUAAACGAGGUGUAUACAAAGGCGAUGUAGGCUUUGUCGUUUCGAAAGGAUCGUGGGGGGUGUCAAUGCUUAUGAUCCCCCGUUACGAGUACGUGUCCACCAAAACGAAGUCAUCUCGUAAACGGAAGACAUACACUGCGGUGCCCGCGCCUAAGCUAUUCGAUCCGACAGGCCUUCGUAACUCUCAUUUAUACAUAGAAUCAGGCAGAGCAUCUGUCUAUCGCGUAGGUGAUCUGAUCUUUGAGCAUGGUUUGGCCCGGGUGGACUACGAUCCCAGACACGUUGCCUCAUGUCGUGAAG